AUGGCGGUUUACAGAGGCGUAGUUCUAAUCUACCUAUUUAUAUGGCUAAGCGCCGUGUGCGGAAACAGCAACGACUUGGUGCUGGAGAGAAGCCAAAUAUUCAAAACACUGAAUGGCAGCUCCAUAGAUCUCUCGGUUCACUUGGACUUGGGUUUGCUGGAACAUGUGGUUGCCGGUGGUGGUGGUGGUGGCAAUGGCAAUGACAAUGCACUGACCACACCCGCUCCCAGCCUGGAGUCAAUCAUUCGUGCCGAGAUCAGCGGGGAUUGGGAGCGCAGCAGGUUCGUGCUGCAGCUGGUGAAUCAAACACGUACCAUCCAACUAAAACAGGCCAUAUACAGGGCGUUGUGGCAGGAGCUACGGCAGAGCAAGCAGAUAUAUAAUCCCGUGAAGAUCCUGGAGUUCUACGAGCAGCUGGAGCAACAGUCUCAGGUACCAAAAGGACUACUCGAGGAGGUCUAUGGAAUAUUUCUGGAGCGUGGAGCAGAGUUGCUUUCGACGCCCUUUUACACCAACAGUCAGACCGCAAAUUUUCCUUUGGUAAACGCCCUGCUUCUACGCUUGAGUUUCAACACGCUGGACAUGCUGCGAGACAUUCUAGCCAUCCUAUACGAGAUUGUGUUGGCACUCAACCCGCCCCUGAGUGUGGCCAACCGCCUCAGCAACUACAGCGCCAAUAUCCUGCAACUCAGUUUUGCCAAUUUGCAGCUCUUAGAUCGUCCUGAGCUGCAACAAGAUCCACCGGCCCGUCUAAGUGUGCAACGAAAUCUGCGCGAGCUCCUAGAACAGCCGGAAUUCGAGCGCAAUGUGGAGACUUCAGUGCGUCAGGAGUUGUAUGAACAAUUGCCAUUGGAUGAGCGCACACUCUACACGGCCCAAAAGAUCUGUCUGCGCAAUGUUACAGAUGACAAUGCCUAUAUCUACGAAUGCCCCCAGACAUAUCUCAUCUGCAGCAAUCCCCAGGAUGCUAAGAAGGCCGCGUUUUAUGUCCAACGCGGACACAACGCCAACGGAACUCUGCAGUUCGCUUUCUAUAGCUCCUAUUGGCGCAAUCGCUACAUAUUCCGGGAACCAACGACAACGACGUCGGAUUACAACAGCACUACUGGCAUUAGCAAGAAUGUUUAUAGUCGCAACGCCGUUUACUGGUGGCAGGUUCGCCACUUGGAAGAAGGUGUCGCCCUAUACGACGCCGGCACAUCCAGUGCUGUGCUCUGUGGUGGCAAUCCCCUGCACCGGGAUGGUGAGGAGCAUCAUGUCUAUACACGACGAGCCGCAGACUUUAAUCUCUAUCGUAGGGAGUGCGUGUGGCGUGUCGAAAACUGCACUGAGGCGACUUAAGACUACUUACUAGACUUUGACUCGUAAUACCUCUGAUUAUUGUUGAAUAUCAAUACUUAUUUAAGAAUAUUUAAAAUGGAAUUAAACCUAUAAACAUAGAGGUCGAAAACGGUUCCAAAAUAAAUAAUAAAUGUGAAAAAGAGGUUAACUUAAGAAGCGCUAAAACUUCUCAAGUUACUUCAAUUAAAGCAAUACAUAACACACAUAAAA